AAAACAACAGAGCUGAGAACCCGAAGUCCCGCCACCGCCACCGCCACCGCCACCGCCACCUCCGCCGCCACUUCCACCAGCUCACCACAACCGUCCUCUAUCAUCGUUUCAUCUGCUCCUUCCUGCUUGAUAAUGGGAUUAUCCGCAAAGAAAUCUAAGAAGAUGCGAAAAAGUGACAGCGAUUCGGAUGACUACAAUGAUAUGGAGUUUGAAGAGAUGGAGCAGGAAAAAGAUAAUUUUGACGACAAUGAUUAUGGUGAGGAGGAUGAGGAGGAACAAGGAGAAGAGGAAGAAGAUGGAGAGGAGGGAACAGACGAGGAAGACCAAAGUGGAUGGAACAAUGAUGAGAUGGAACAACUUGAGAAAGAGUAUAGGGAUCUUCAUCACCAGGAGCUAUUUGAUUUGAAGAAUUUGAAGCAUCAUAAGGAUGAAGAUCUCCUUAAAGGACAAGCUAUAAAAAGCCAAAAGGCCCUCUGGUACAAAAUUCUUGAGCUUAGGUUCUUGCUUCAGAAGCCAUUUUCAAGUUCAAAUAGGUUACCUCAGGAUCCAGUCAAGUCUUCAUUUUGUGAAGCAGAUGAAAAUGUUAGAGUAGCAUACUCAGAUUUGAUUACUUCUUCCAAGGAGACUUUAGAUUCUAUAUUGGAACUCCAAGAGGCUCUAUUUGAAAAGAACCCAUCUAUUACCCAAGCCACAAGCGGUCUAGAGAGGUCAUCAAAAGAUUUGGAAGUCUCUAAGAAUUUGGAUGACAAUUUUGAUCAAGAAUGGUCACAGAUUUCUCAGACACAUAAGAGAAUAGCAUCUUUCAGAGACAAGUCAAUCAACAAAUGGCAGAGGAUGACACAAGUGACAACUGGUGCUGCUGCCAUUAAAGGCAAAUUGCAUGCGUUUAAUCAGGAUAUAACUAAUCAAGUCGCUGCUUAUAUGAGGGACCCCAGUAGAAUGAUCAAACAGAUGCGGUUGAGAAAAUCUGCUGUUAGUGUAUUUGGAUCUGUUCACGAGGUUAAGGAUAACAUGAAAGACGAGGAAGCACAAACUGAUGGUGAUCCUGAACUUCUGGAUGAUUCUGAAUUUUAUCAGCAAUUACUGAAAGAAUUUUUUGAGACAGUUGAUCCUAAUUCAUCUGAGACAGCAUUUUAUGCGUUGAAGAGAAUGCAAAAAAAGAAACGAAAAAUUGUUGAUCGCCGUGCCUCAAAAAGCCGCAAGAUAAGGUAUAAUGUUCAUGAAAAGAUAGUAAACUUUAUGGCCCCUCAACCCAUGAAUCUUCCUCCUAUGGCUCCAAAGUUAUUUGAGAAUCUGUUCGGAUUGAAGACUCAAAGAUCAUCUGCUGCAGCCUCAUAAUCAUGGUUGGUAGACAAAAACAUAUGUUGUAUCAAUUUUCUAACACUACCAAAGGAAAUUUAAUUUCUUGCCCGUGCAAGCCAAAAUUUUGCUCUAUGUACUCCAUAUCUAUUCAGGAUAGAUGUCUACAUAUCUAUUCAGGAUAGAUGUGCCUAAGAGAUUUUGAUUAAUUUAAGCUAGCUUAUGUUGUUUUUGGUGUCCACACAUUUAAGAAGGAACAACAUUACACAGCCAUAGAAAUCUAACUAGAAUAUGUUGCCACA